AUGCGUUUCUCCACCAUCCUUGUCACUCUUUCGGCCAUUGCUGCCGCUUAUGCCCUUCCCCUCGUCCAACGCGACGACUCUAGCCUCCACCAUUUCCCCACCGACCCCGUCCCCGACCCUAUCCCCACCACUCUUGUGUCCUUCCCGGCCGGCCUUUCCCGAGCGACCCUUCCCGAGCGACCCGUACCCCAGCCGCGCUCCCUACCCCAGCCACGCUCCCUACCCCAGCCACGCUCCCUACCCCAGUGCCCCUUCCGAGCGACCCUUCCCGAGCGCCCCUUCCCUAGCGACCCCUUCCCGAGCGACCCCUUCCCGAGCGACCCUUUCCCCACUGAACCCCCCCUGACUGGCCACGGCGCCUUCCCGACUGGCGUCCCCCCCACCUCCGUGUACUCUUACCCCGAUCCUUUCCCCAGCCACUAUAGCCGCCGCCAGGCCCCCGACCUCGGCGGCCUCGAGGAGGUCAUCCAGGAGCUCGCCGGCGCCAUCAUCGGGGAGCCGACCCCGGUCGCCAACAGCGCCGCCGCUGCCGCCGCGUCCGCUACUGCGGCCGCCAGUUCGGCCGCGCCGCACCUGCCGCUCUCCGCGGUCCCCAACGGGCUCGGCCUGUUCCUCUAA